UCAUCAUCCGCCCAUUUUCAUAGUGAUUCCGACUUUGACUCAGUAUAUCUAUCUUAUGUUUACUUCUUAGAUCGUCUCUAGAAUCGAAGCCUGUGAUCUACCGCAACCAUGGCGCCCCGAGUCAUCCUUUACGGCUACACCUUUUCACCCUACACGGUCAAGAUCAGCACCCUCUUGCUGCUCAAGAAUAUUCCUUUCUCGCUCGUGACCGUGAAGCAUGCGCCACCGCAACCGCACCUCCCGCGCCCCGAGCUGGACCUGCUCGGAGUGACGUACCGACGCAUCCCCGUGCUCAGCAUUGAUGGCGAUCUCUUCUUCGACUCUAACUUAAUAGCCGAAGAGAUCGAGCGCCGCUUUCCGCCGGGAAUAGGAGAAGGCUACGUGUCUAUCAUUCCCGGGCCUUCGACCGGGGCUAGCUCCUUGUUCAUGGCAUCCAUGAACGCUCUGUCCUCUCGUCUACUUGCCAUCUGCGUCUCUCUGCUGCCCGAGUCUGCGCUAUCCAACGAGCACUUUGUCAAAGACCGCGAGGCGAUGACAGGGCGGUCCUUCAAGCCUGCUGAAUUUGCCAGGGUUCACCCGAUGCAGCUUGCGGCGCUUCGUGCCAACUUGGCUGAGAUCGAGCGACAGGCAAAGCCCAAUCGAAGCAGGUACAUCCUCGGCACGUCCACGCCUUCCUACGCAGAUAUCGCACUGUGGUUCUCAUUAGAAUGGAUAUGGGCGCUGCACACAGGUGUGGUGAAGCAGAAGACCAACAGCGCCAUCUCCAAGCAAGUCAUCGCGACGUUGUCCGACACGCAGCGGUUCCCCUCGGCACUAGCUUGGUUAGGCAAGAUGCGGACCACUGUUGCGUACGCCAAGGAAAAUGCAGGUUGGGAAGCGAGCGCGCUCGCAGGCGAGUGCAUUAAGGCCGAGGAAGCGGCGGAAUUCAUCAAGUCGGCACCCAAGCUGGCCUCGACCGAACCCGCAUUCGUUUCAUUCAACGAUGAAGAUCCACUUGUCGUGGCUGGAUGGGUCAAGAAGGGAGCGCAAGUUAAGUGCACGCCGACCGAUACGGGCAAGAUUCCGCAACUUGGAAAACUUGUUGGUCUCACUUCGAGCCGGGCUACGCUCGAGCUGAGCUCUGGCGUUCAUGCGCAUUUCCCAAGAAUUGACUACUCCCUCAUAGCUAAUUCGCCGUCAAAACUGUAGUAGAGACCUGCAUGUGACACACAUAAAGGGUUUGAAAUGAGAGAAAUGACCAGAAAAA